GCGAGCGGCGAAGGUGUUGCUGCGUGGAGUCUCGGCCUUGAGCGGAAAUAGCGCUCUUCUGCUUCGCACAUGAAGUGGGUUUCUGCUUCUAAGCUCAAUCUCUCCCUCGUUGGUCUUGUGGGUGUUGCUGGUUUCGUCUUCGCCUUGAAAAGAGAUGGCGUAGUCUGGUCCUUCGGCGACCUCUCGUCUUUAUUCCGGAGAAAGAAUCAUCUUGAAGCGAAAUACUCUGUGGCCGGUUUGCAAAAUCUUGGCAACAAUUGUUUCCUCAAUGUUGUCUUGCAGGCUCUGGCCAGUUGUUCGUGCUUCCAACCUUUUGUCCACAAGGUCUUGGAUGAAUGUGAAAUGACAGUCGCGGAAGAGAGGGCAGAAAUGAUGCCACUAACCCUGGCAUUGGACGAUCUGUUCGAAGAGCUAUGCAUUUCUGCUGAUAGAAGGGUAGUAUUAAGCCCACGAAGAGUGAUGCUUGAGAUGGCCCACUAUAUACCCAAUUUCAAUUUGACAAGCCAGCAGGAUGCAGCAGAAGCACUCCUCCAUCUUCUCUCCUCCUUAAGGGAGGAAUUUUCAGAGUGGUACGUUCCGGUUCGAAGUCCUCUAGCCGUUGUUUCUGAUACUACCAGUAGGGUUCUUUCUUCAAAGGGUACAGACAGCCAAAGUGAACAGAAAAGAUGGCAGAAGCACUUCCUCGGGCCUUUUGAUGGGAUAAUUCGUAGCUUUUUAACAUGUCAAAGUUGUUCAUCUCAGAUUUCACUGAAUUUUGAAUUGUUCCAAACUUUGCUGCUUUCUCCCGUGCUGUGCAAUGGCUCAACCAUUAUAGGGGAUUGUACAUUGCGAGAUUGCUUAAAGCAGUUUGUUGCUGCCGAGAGAGUUGCCAAUUACCAUUGUAGUCGAUGUUGGCACAUUGCUGCAGCAAAGUACUUAUCGUUGGUUAGAGCAAGUGAGAUGGAUAUCAUGAAACUUAAGUCAUGCAGUGGUGGAGAUUUCUGUGACUGCCAAAAUCAGUUCAAUCUCGAGAUGCUACCUUGGUCGAAUGAUUUUUCGCGUACUAUUAGGCAGUCAACUAUCGCUCGCCCACCGGAGAUUUUGUGCAUUCAGUUGCAACGGGCUUCGGUGAAUGAAUUUGGAGAGCCUCUAAAACUUCAGGGCCACAUUUCAUUUCCAUUGGUUCUGGACCUCUCUCCUUACACGACAAAUAGGUUGGGGAUGCAAAUCAGGAAAGGAAGUGUUCCCGCUGGGCAAGGGAACCUUAAUAAUCAACAAAUAAGCCCACUUUCCAUGCAGUCUAGCGCCCAUAUUGAUUCAGAAAGUCAUAGUAUCUGGUUAAGAGGGCUAUUUGACUGCGAAUUUGGGUCUGUUAUGUCGCAGAAACCCUUCAAAAAAGAGGGUGAUGUAGGGUAUGGACCCAGCUCUAGUAACUUGUGUAAUGAUGAAUGCAUGGAAUCCCAUUGCAAGGAUGUGAUGCCCCAAGCUUCAAAAAGUCAUUGCUACUGUCUUGUUUCAGUGGUGGAACAUUUUGGAAGAACGGGAAGUGGCCAUUAUACAGUUUACAGAAGGGUAAGAACAGAGCCGCCUGAGGAGGAAAAUCAGCCACGCUUGGAAACUGCCUCUGAACAAUGGUUUUACAUUUCAGAUUCAGAGGUGUACAAUGUUUCAGAAAGUGACGUUCUUGCCGCUGAGGCUAGCUUGCUCUUUUACGAGAGAUUGGUAUAGGGCUGAGAUGUACAUGUCGUAAGAAGUAGUUGCCCGGAAUGGUUGAAGUUCCAUGGUCGGAGAAACUGAGGCUUUAAUUUAAAAUGCAUAUGUGAGAAAUGAAGAGUGAACCCACAAUGCAUUUCUGACAUGAAAGGAAGCUUUAGCAACCCAGGCACGGGUGAUUUUGUAUGAUUGCACACUCCUUGGCUUGGUGAAGAUUCAAGGGCAUGCUCUGCCCAAACAAAAAAGAUCAAAAGAUUUAUACAUCGUCUUCUAAGGAUAUGGGGAUUUCAGCAGACAAGAUUGUGCAACCCUGCGAGAAAUAUCCAUGAUGAAAGAGUAUCCUUGAGACCCAUUUUUGUUUUCAUGUUCGGGGGACAUAUCUUGAGUUGUUGAUUAUAUAAUUCUUUCAGUUGAUCAUAGUUUCCGUCUUUGUUGGCUAGGUUGCUCAUUAUAGGGAAACCGAAGUACGACCAACUUCCAUUCUGACCUUUGUAGUCUUUCUGGGUUAAAGUACUUUGCCAAACGGGUGGCUGACUGCACCAUGUCUGUCCUUCCUGGCAUCUGAAUUGCUCAAAGGGAUUUUACAUGGUUAGUUGCAUUAAUAGCCAUCAGGUUCGCAUGUUUAUUAUGCUCAUUGGGAAGGAGAGACUCGAGACAACUUGGAAGAAAAGAAAGUGUACUCAUGUAUCUGUGUCUAUGGAUUCUAAUGCCUACCUGUUGUGGUCACUAAAAGAGAAAAAUCCUUAGUAUUUUAUAAGUUGUGUUAGGAGAGAACACAUUGUCUAAUUGAAAUCUUGUCAUGAAAUGAGGAUUCAUUUUCAAGAUU